AUGCCGUUCUCCGCUGUCGGUAAGAAGAAGCUGGCUGGCCAUGCGGCCUUUCUUCUCGUUGACAUCAUCGUUUUGGCUCUUGCGACACGCGUCAACCAGUUCCAGGACUUUUUCUAUGUUGCGGAUAUUUUCCCCUUGGCUCUGUCCAUAAUUUCCUUAAUCCUGGUGGUUUUAUUGUUCACGGUUGACCUCGCGCUUAUCAACUCCUACACUGGGAGGGCACAGUCAGAGAUUGGGAUUUUCGGAGUGUUGAGCAUCUUUUGGCUUGCCUUCAACGCAUUCUCCACCGCGCGCUGGCGCCAAAUCCCUUUCCAAUGCGACUCCAUCCCGACGGAUUUCGUUGACGAACGCGAAUGGUGCAAAUCUCUUCAAGCACUCAAGUCCUUUGUCUGGAUUAACUUCCUCCUCUGCUUUGGAAUCGCAAUGUUCACCCUGCGCUAUGCCAUUGCAGAGUACUACCGCGGCAACAAGCACAUCUUCCAAAUGCCCUUGUCUCGCUACCGACCUGAACUGAGGAGCGACCAACAUUUCGGCAGUGGUGGACGGGGAAGCGAGUUCCUUCAGUUCGAAAAAAUGACAUAG